CGCGAUGGCGUGGCCAUCAGGCUAACUCGGGCUCAAGUGGGCUGCUGCACACCUGCCUGGGCCUAAGUGGGGACACAGCAGGUAUUUCUCGGCGCUGAGGGCCACAGGGUGAGCGCUACAACUGCCCACUUGGAAGCCAGCCCCAGAGGCAAAGCAGGAUGGAGCCUGGGGUGCAGGAUCCAGGAUUGAGCUCCUCCGAGGAUGACAGCCUCUUUCUAGCGACCAGCAGCCCCACCUUGAGAAAGCCCCUGAAACACAGCACCCCUGAGGAGGGAGCCCUGGGUGGGACCACAAGACCAUCAGGAGGUGCCUCCUAUCUCAGUGGGUCCCCAGUGCCUGCACACUUCUCUCAGGGCCUUGCAUCCCACCCGGCAGGGGUCAGCCCUCCAGCCACUGUCAGGAAAAGGAGGCUUUCUACUAUCUGGGCCUCCAAGGAGUCCAGCUUGGAUCUCUCAGCUCCUGGGGAAGAGACGCCCACAUCAGCCUCGUCAGCACAGCAGCAGCAGCAGAAGCAGAAGCAGAAGCAGAACCAGAAGCAGCUGCAGCAGCAGCAGCAGCAGCAAGAGUCCCUCCGGGCAAAGAGCUGGCAUCAAAACCCUGGAUUGCCUGGGAUCCUGAAUACAACUGGGAGGAAGAGACGAGACCCGAAGAAGCGGGCAGCUGCGAUGGAGCGAGUGCGACAGUGGGAGAUCUACGUGCUUCAGAACAUCGAGGAAGCCACCCAGCACGAGCUCACCAUCGAAGACGACUGAGUGCUUGGUGCCAGGACAGGAAGGCAGGGUGCUCCAGAGCUGCCUGCCUCGGGCUGGCUUAAUCGUCCACAUGGUGCCCUCCUUGGGCUGGCCCCCAGUGUUGCUGCCCUUCUCCGUAGGGUGAGAAGGAUGGGUUUGAGAAGAUCCUGUUACUUAGAUUAUAAAUGUGUUUGUGGGAGGCACUGACAUUGAGGAGGGUCAGCAGAGGUGGCAGGUUAAAGAAGACAGAGCUCUGCACGGUGUAUAACUUGAGCCCUGGGUUUUCUACUGCCCAGUUCUAGCCUUGGGGACAACUCUCUGCUUGUCUGAGCCUCAGCUUCCUUACCUGAAACAUGAGGAAACCCCAUCCCAGACUGAUGAAAAGAGUGUGGAACUGAUGUCUAGGCGAUGGCAGCCGUAGCCACUCAGCCCUCUCAGGAAAGAGUUGGGCCAAUGCCCUGUGAGCAUAUUUGGGAUAGCAGGAUUGAAGGCCCGAGGCAGGAACUGGAAAGUAAAUCUCUGCACUGGAUGGUGGGUUUCCAGCCCUAUGGUCACGGUGGUCUCAUUGGAGCACCAAUGGUGAGGGACGUAUGUUUCCUUCCCUUAUGUGGAGAGGGACCAGGUUUUGAGAGGAGGGGUGUGCCCAUAGUCCCACCCAUGGAGGGUACCUACCUCUUUCCUCAAUAGGCUGUAGGAGAAACCAGACUAUGGGAUCCCAGGAUGUUUGUAGAUAAAGACAAGCUCAGGGGAACUCAGAGGCUAGUCCACCCACACUGCAUGGAUGGGAAGGCUUCAGGAGUCACCACACCUGGUAUCAGGGGCAGGGUAGGUAUUCUAGUGAGCCUGAAAUGCUACUCUAGGAAAGCCCCGAAACCGUAAUUCUCACCUGGAAGGCAUUCUGGAAAUCUGAGGAUGCUGGCUGUGCUUGUUUUAGUGUGUGGGGCUAGAGGAACUUAACCUCUAGCAGUUGCAUGGGCCAAACCCCUACACUCUCCCUCUCCAAUGCUUGCUCCCUGCUUAACAUCAGGGUCCCACCCAAGUGAUCAGUAAUAUGAAGGUAAUACAUAUUGUAAGGAAGAAGAAAGAGAUGUCCAGGCAGCUUCAGUUUAACACAAAGCCAGCAUCAAAUCUCCCAAGUACAGGCAUCUUAGCAAGACCUGUUUGUGUGGACAUGUUAUGGUUACUAAAUACAGAGCUAGUGUUUAUUCAUAUAAAUGUUUGCAUCCUCCACUCUAAAAUGUUUGCUUUUUUCUUCCUAAAAAGAAUGUAUACAUUUCCAGCCUAGUCCAACACUGCCUCCCUUCAAAUGUGUGGCAGGUGGGCUGGCAUUUAGAGUCAAAGUGAGAAGGGGGCAACCCUUAGAUGAAAUCUCAGACUGGCUUAAAAGAUGGGACAUAAUAGAUUCUAAGGGCAUGUGAGGUCUAGGAUGUUCAGUUUUAAGAGACAGGUGAAAAGUUUAGAUCUGCAAUGUGGGUAGAAAAUAUUCCUGAUCAAUAAUUGGGUUCUCCCUGGAAACACCCACAUUUCUUUGGAGGUUUCCAACAGAGAAUGAGAUUCUUCACAGGAGGGAUUAGAUAUAGUGGCUGCAAUUAGAUAGUAACUUCACAUUUCAUUGGAUGUUCUAUAUGAGUGAUAAUUUAUUUACUGUGUAGUGUGUUUAAACAUUUCUAAGUUUUAUGAACUAGUUUACUUUUUUCUUUUUUUAUAACUAUUAUAGACUAUUGGGUUAUAAAAUUAUUCAUUUAAAAAAUGUUUAUAAAUUAAAGAGUACAAAGAAGCAGAAAAAAAACUGCCUAUAAUUGCACACCAUAGAGAUACAUGCAUCAGAGUAAUUCUUUACAGUCUUUACUAUUAAAAAUAAACUGUUUUCAUGAGAACUA